GCUGGCGGCCGAAGAGCGACCGAGCACCAAAACAAAACCAUCCCAGUCAAAACACUACCAUGGAUUUGGAAACGCAAUUCCUGAGUUUAUCGACGAAAUUCCUGUUUAUCAACUGCGGUGGCCAGUCCAGUGAGUACCGCAACGAGCUGAACACACUUCUCAACGAGUUAAACGGAUUGGACUACAAAAAUCAACAGAUUUCCGACGUUAGGGCACCGAUUCGGUUGGUGGAGUCUUUCGUGAACAUUCCCACCAGCGAGGACACGCUGAUCGUGAAGGCAUGCUACCUGACCAAGACGCUCGUCAGCCGCCAGAAGAUUACCCUUCCGCCGAAUGUGGCAGCGGUGCAAAUCAGCUGGUUGCUAAAAUGUCUGGAACGGUGCUUCUACCAGGUCAUUUGCGAAGUGCUGGGAACGUUGCAGAUCCUGAUGAAACACUGCCGGGAGCAUGUGGGAAUGUUUGCAGAGUUCCUGGUGGGUAGUGGCGGAGUGUUGGUGAAUUUGCUGGCUGAUCCGGAUUAUCGAAGGGUAGAACGUGGUCGGACGUAUGAUCAGAGUUCCCCGGGGGAGAUCUAUUUGGCGACGGUGCUCUGCUUGGAAGCUUUUCUGGUUUCGGCGGAGGGAAACGACGCAAUGGAAAAGUACCUUCCGGGGAUCGGAGAUUCGAUAGUGUCGGUAGCGUUCCGUGUCAAAAGCGAUUGGCUUUCGGACGCUUCCUUCUACGGUUUGAUGAUAUCGGCUUUGAACUGCUUGAGGUUGGUCUCCAUCCAACAGGAGGACUGGCUCCGUGAUCAUCUGGGUCAACUUUUGGGAAUUUCCAAAGCCUACAUGAUGUUCGGAAUACCGGGCGUGAAUCAACCGCCGGCGCAGAAAAUCCCGGUUUCGCAGCAGGGUGUUCCGGAGCCGCAGCACAUUCCCUUCAAUAAGGGCGGGAAGGUGCCGAAAACGAGAAAAACGAGGACCAUUACCAAGGGGAGAGGUGCCGGAAAAGGUGAUGCGAAAAAGGGAGCGGCUGCAGCGAAGACAACAGGAUCAACAUGGGAUGACAACAGCCGCCAGCCGUAUUCGGAGCAGUGCUUCGUAUUGGACACUUCUUUCACAACCUCCGCCCAUGCUUCCUACCGUACAAGUGAUUCCGAUUUCUCGGAGAGUGAAUCCUCCCGGGCGCAAAUCGAUCGUCACAAACUAUCGAAGCUGCGGCUGACCGCGCUUACCCUCGUCGGCACAAUUGCCCAAAGCGUCGAGAAGAAAUUGAUGUUCGGCUAUUGGCACGCCCUGUUUCCGGACGAAAGUCGAACACCGGCAACGGUGUCACUGUUGAAUUGUGUCCUCAAGGAUCCAUCGCGAAAAUGCCGGAUAGCGGCCAUUCAAGCCAUAUCGUUCAUGGUCUACAAAACGAAACCGUUUCUGAUCCAGGCGGAAAGUGGAAAGAAGACGUCGGUUUCAUUUACGCCCUUUUCGGUCGCUCUCGGGAACAUGAUCACCGAAAUGUACGAGAUGAUCACCCAGGCCCUAGCGGAUGAGAGUGAUUAUUCCGUCCUGACGCAGAUCCUCAAAUGCCUGACGGUGUUCAUCCAGGCCACACCGUUCCAUCGGCUGAAACCGGGAAUCGUAACCAAAUUCGUUCGGUUCGUUCGAAUCCUAACCCGGCACAAGGAUCCCACGAUCAAGGUCGCCGCCCUGAUGGUGAUGGGCUUCCUGAUAUCCGUCAGCGAGAUGACACCGGAAAUAGCCGGAAUCGUGGGCAUUCCCAAAACAGAAAUGGCCAACAAAACCAGGGAAACCCGCAAGAAGAAUACCACGGAAGCGUUGAGCGUUCAGUAUGACGAUGAAGAGGAAGAGCUGGCACAGUCGGACGAGGAGCUGGAAUCACCCCCUGUGGAUGUCCCGGAAGGUCCAUCCAACUUGCCAAAAAUGUCCUGGUUGCUCCAGGUAGCGUUGGAAAAUCUCGGGGUAACCAUCAAUCAACAGCACAAGGUGGUCACGCCGUCGGCGGUGAUGCCCGUCCGGAUGGAGUGCCUCCAGGUGCUCUCGGCCAUGACCGGACACUAUUCGCUUUUGGCUGAUCAUCUGAGGCUGGUGGCGGAGGCACUGCGGAAUGCCUUUAACGAUACCAUUCCGGAGAUCAAGUUGUACGCUGGGCGGGUGCUGGAUUUGUUGGGGCAUGCCAUCAAUACGUCGCUGCUGCUGAAGGUAACCAUCGACCCAGACGAGCUGAACACUUCGGUGGAUUUCUGGGUCACCAUGUUGCCAAUCGUAACGGAGCAAAUCCAGGACAUGCAACAGAACACCUCGCUACGGACUAUCUGCUGCGACGCCCUCGGCAAUCUGGGAGUGCACGUGUUCGAGAAGCUUCCGCGCGAUCGGCAGAUCGUUCUCGUAUCCCUGCUAACCGGGUGCACCUUCGACGAGGACAGCGGCCUUAGUUCGGCGGCAGUCCGUGCUCUUUCCGUGUACAUCCUGUUCCCAUCGCUUAGGGAUAACAUCCUUUACAUCGAGAACACGAUAGAAGCCAUAUUGAGGAUUUUGAAAGAACCGAAUGUGGCUGCGCGAGUGAAGGCCAGCUGGUCGCUGGGUAACAUCACGGAUGCGUUGGUAUUGAACAGUAGCGAUCCCAACGUGGACAAGGUAAGUGACGUAUUGAUGAGAGAGAUCCUGGAAGCGGCCAUUGUGGGCGCCGGGGAUAACGAUAAGGUCCGCUGCAAUUCGGUACGCACGAUAGGGAACAUGCUGCGGAUAUUGAAGGCGGAACAUUUCUCGCAACCGGUUUGGGUGGAACUGUGCCAGAAGUCGAUGGAGAAACUAGUCCAGAACAUACUGAGUUCGAACAAUGUAAAAGUCAAGUGGAACGCGUGCUAUUCGAUUGGAAAUGUAAUGCGAAACGGUUUGAUGUUUAGUGAGGGUGGCAAAAUCGAUUGGCAGAAGCAGAUCUUCCCGGCUCUUUGUCAGAUAGUGAUCAAUUCGAAUAAUUUCAAAGUUAGAAUUAACGCUUCGGCUGCAUUGUCGGUGAUAGAUAGCCGGUCGCACUACGGCAGCUACUUCCUGACAGUCUGGAGUUCACUUUUAAAAGCCCUGGAACAAUCGGAUAACCUGAUGGACUACAACGAAUACAAGCAUCGUGACAACCUUCAAGAACAGUUGUGCCUUUCGUUGUCACAUUGUCUUCGGUUGGCCGCGAAGGAUGACCUUGCGGUCAUGGCCGCGGAACUACUGCCACUGUUUGACGCAGUGCAGCAAAACUGGGAUCGAGUCGUGAACCGGAUUCUUCCGGAGAAGUCCGCCAAACUGAUGGAAGCUCACGUGAAGCUGCAGGAAAGUGUGAGGAAUCCGGACGUCAAGAAUGCCGUUCAGAUGAUCCUGAAGUGCUUCCGCAGCGAGGGCCAUGGGAUGUAUGGGUUCUAGGAAAACAGGGAUAGUGACAUUUUUUUUUCUUAAGAAUUGUACAUUAUUUAUUACACUAUAGGCACUUACGAAGUGACUAACUUCAGCGUACGUUUCUUUUCAUUCGCAAAAUAUACCUUUGCUUAUAUGAUA